AUGAAAGUCCACUGCUAUAACAUAUUAUUAUUUUCUCUUCUAUUAAAUACAUUGUUAUUAUCAUCAUCGCAAGUAUAUAAUCAAAGGAACCAUUACAACACACCCCAUAUAAAAAACAGAGAACCAACAAAUUUAUAUAGAUCAUUAUGUGAAUGCGAAUUGUACGCACCUGCCAACUAUGAUAAUGACACAGAAAUGAAAAAAGUCAUGGAAAAUUUCAAUAAACAGACACAACAAAGAUUACACGAAUAUGACGAAAGGAUGAAAACUACACGUCAAAAAUGUAAAGAUCAAUGCAAUAAAGAAAUUAAAAAAAUUAUAUUAAAAGACAAAAUCGAUAAGGAAUUAACCGAAAAGUUUGCCACAUUACAAACUGAUAUACAAAAUGACGCCAUUCCAACAUGUAUUUGCGAAAAGUCGAUAGCGGACAAAAUGGAAAAAGGAUGUUUGCGAUGUGCAGGUGUAUUGGGAGGUGGUGUGAUGCCUGGAAUGGGAUUGAUAGAUGGAAGUCUUUUAGGUGCUAUAAGUGUGUUGCAACCUGCGGCAAUUGAGGCCGCUAAGGCUGCGGCCGUAACUGAGGCUACGAAAGCUGCUACGAAUGCUGGUAUUGAAGCUGUGAAACUUAUAAUUAAUGAAUUUCUUACACAUUUUAAGAAAGAAUUUUACGUUGAUUUGACAAAAAUUGUUAAGAAAUCAACAUAUAACAAUUUUGAUUCUCUAUUUCAAAGUGCUAAAGAACUACUAGGUGAUUCGUGUCGACCUAAUCCAUUAAAUGGAAGUACGAAUUCUUUUUGUAAUUCGACAAUAUGCGAGGGUGGGGAAAGGACGCUUAGGAGUUGGGUACAAGCUGGUGCCACCAAAUAUGAAGCAGAAUUCGCAUUACAAAAAGAAGCACUUGAAGCAACAAAGGUGGGUGCAGUAGAAGCUACAACUACUAGUUGCCAGACUGCUAUUAUUGCUUCCAUCGUUGCAAUAGUAAUAAUAGUUUUAAUUAUGGUAAUAAUUUAUUUAAUUUUACGUUAUCGACGAAAAAAGAAAAUGAAGAAAAAAUUUCAAUACAUAAAAUUAUUAGAAGACUAG